UUUCAAAAAAAAAAAAGUUGUUGGAGACAGAGGGUGAGGUGACUGAGGUCGGUGGCUGCUUCGGCGGGGCUCUUGCUGCCGACAGGUAAAACCUCCGCAUUGCUCGUCAGAACUGGUGCACACCCUGUGUGGUGAAGCGAUUCAGUCUGGUAGUCAGCUGAAUGGCCUUGUCGAGAAAAAGAACGCAACUCUGCUCGAAAAUAAACCUGGGGUAGGAAAAGAGCGUGGGGCGACUGACUGAACAGCAAUCGGGAAGACCGAAAAGAAAGAGAAACAAGGGCAAGAACCAGCUCAGUCCCAUUAAAAGGUUGAAUGGCUAUAUAAAGGGACCUCACUAAGACACUAAUCACCAAUUCAGGACAGGUAGCUAGUAGCAAUGGCGGCGCCUUCAGCCAUCUCCUUCCUCGCCAUUGCCGUGUCUUUGAUGGCGGUGCUGCAACCCGCGGCCACCAAUCCGCCGCCGCCGCCAGCACCACCGGCGACGGGCUCGCCGGCGACCUGCGCGCCGACCUUGUCCAGUCUUUACAGCUGCGUUCCUUUCCUCUCGACCGGGAGGAGCCUCGCCGGCCCGCCCGCCGGCUGCUGCGGGUCCUUGAGGGCGGUUUCCACCUCUCCGGAGUCCAUCUGUCUGUGCCACAUCUUCGGCGGCGAGCUCAACCAGCUCGCGCACAUCAACAUCGAUCCGGUUCGACUGGCUUUGCUACCUCUGGUGUGCUUGGCGAUUAUACCCCCGGAGCUGCCCUACAUGUGUUUCGUGGGACCUGUGCCUCCCAUCACUACUCUCCCAGCGCCAUCGGCGACGCUUCCUCGUGCAGCGCUCAAGGACUCGGCUGCAGGGCGUGGCUAAAGUUAAAAAAGGGCGCGGCUAAUUUAGAGAGCUCACUAAUAUUGUCUUACUGGCGGAGAUACAAGUCCUCCUUCGUUCCAAAAUUUCGUACACCUUGUUUGGCGGUCUGUUUCUUUUCUUUUGUUAUGACGAUGCAUUAUGUAUGAAUAAAAAACCAUCUGU